UGUAGCCAUUAUCCCGGCACUUUAAGAAGAUACUUCCAUUUUUCUUUUGACGCAAAAUUAGCGCUGGCAGCGAUUUUCCGUUUCUAACUCACCAACGGCAAACUGUUUUAUAUUUUCUUAUUUAAAAAUUUAAAAAUAGUGUUUGAUAGUUAGAAUAUACUUAAGUAGUAAAGUUAUCGGGAAUAACAUUUAAAAAUAAAUAAAAAUGGAUUAUGGCUUAUCGGCACUAUUCAGCCCCUACCAUUUUCGCCGGCGUGUUCGCUUCGCCAAUAUCAAUUAUUCGGACACGGAUAACACCACUGCCACCCUCGACAAUGCCACACAGGAAUCGAUUACGGAAGCGAGUUGGGCAUCAAUGCCCUACGUGCACUGCGGCGAACGGAUGUGGCCAAUUUUUUUAGCUGCGUGCGUGGCGUUCGGCAGUGUUAUGGCGUUGGGACUAGCGAUAGGCAGGGCUCUGCUAUCCGUCUGGGAACAUCGAAAUGCUCGAAGCUACAAAUUAGUCCCCGGAGCCUUACCAACUGGUCAUGGAGCCAACGAACGGCCCAGCUGGAUGUCCACGGCGAAAUUUGUUAUCGGGGAAACUAUCUCACUAUCGACGACAACAGGAAGAACGCUGGCUUUCUUGGAGUUUUUCCUUGGAAUGGCAGUUCUGUUUCUGUAUUUCUCCCAUGUCUCCAGAAAAACCAUUGCCGUGGAAAGCUGUGUUAACUGGACGGAGCGUAUCGAUUUGCAGGUCGAGUUCAUCUGCAACGCGAUCUUGUUGUCCAUCUUUAUGCUAAGAUUUAUUGGCGCCAUGGAUAAAGUGGAUUUCUUGUUAUCGAUUAAGUCCUUGGUCACCUACUUCACCAUUCCCCCAUCGUUUCUUACCCUCAUCUUCAACCACGAUUGGAUUGGGUUGCGAUGCUUGCGUGCCUGCCAUCUGUUGUUUAUCCCUGACUACUUCCGCUAUUCCCAGCUGGUUAAAAAAGCCACUAUUCGCCGAUUGAUUUACAUUUGCACGGUAAUCGUUACCGUGACGCUGGUGGCGGCUGGAAUAUUUCAUUUGUUGGAACUGACUGGCGAUGAUUGGAUUGGCGCCCGUGUCGGUCAACAAGACAAAACCUACUGGGAAUGGGUUUAUAUGUCCGUGGUGACCUUGUCAACCGUCGGAUAUGGAGACCUUUCGCCUAAAUCCACCCUUGGCCAAAUUUUCUGCAUCAUGUUCAUUGUUGGAGCUUUGGCAUUAUUUGCCUCAUCAGUACCGGAAAUCUAUGGACUGAUUAGCAACUUUCAGCAGUUUACUGCGCCGUACAAACUGGGCAGUGGUAUUCAGCACGUCAUCGUUUCCGGUCAUAUUACCGCCACUACAAUGCAAGCGCUGAUCAAGGAUCUCAGCCGACCCGACCGGCGACAAAGAAGCCUUGAUCUCGUCUUCGUUAAUUCGGAAGAGCCGAGCAUGGAAAUGAAGUCGUUAUUAAAAGAAGUCCAGACAUACGUACAGUAUGUGCAAGGAAGCCUCCUGCAUGCCGCCUGCCUGCAGAACGCAAAAGUCAACGCAGCCGUUGCCUACCUGCACGUGGCCAACCGCAGUUCAGUUGAUCCCUAUAAAGACGAUUCCACGACGUUAUUAACGAUAGCCAGUAUUAAAAGCUGGAAUCCUUAUCUGCGCUGUGUUGCGGAAGUGCUUCAAAAUGGCACCAAGUCUCAGUUUAGCAGUAUUCCUGGGUUUCUUAUGGAGAGAGGUGAUACGGUGAUCUGCUUUCAAGAGUUGGAACUGGCCUUAACCGCGCAGAACUGCCUGGCUCCCGGCUGUGCCACGCUACUCUCCAACAUGAUCCGCGCGAGUCUAUCGGAAUCUCUGGAUAUUGGCGAAGCAUCACAGGAAGUACAGGAUUACGUCCACGGAUGCUAUAUGGAAAUGUAUUCUGGCCCGUUCAGUCCGAUCUGUUACGGGAUGACCUUCUUCCAGGCUGCCGAAUUGUGCUAUUCCAAAUUGGAUGUCGUGCUCAUCGGGACCUUUACUCCCGCGCGCACUAAUGCCAGCACUCCAGAAUCAAACGGAAGGAGUGGGCUGUUGUUAUGUGAUGGUUCGGUAAUCAUCAGCGAGGACUGUAUCGGAAUAUUUCUUGCACGGUCAGCCAUUGACGUGCGCAGAGUUUCCUGGUACUGUCAAGCAUGCCACGCUAAUCUAAAGGAUGUCGGACGAUGUGUCCCAUGCAAAUGCAAGCACGGAGCAAAAGCGAAACGAUCCAGUGUUCAAGCGCGCAGGAAUCCUUACCGGAGUAUCUGGGGCCAAUCGCGGGAAGAAGUGGAAGCGGAUGGCGCCGCGCCCAUAAAAUCCCUCAAGCCAACGAAACAUUCAUUUGGAUUUGAAGAUAUGCUUAUGCGCAAAAUCCGCAGUGAUGCGUUGACAGACAGUGCAGACUUCAACAGCGACAGCCGGCUCCUGCGUAAAAAGUCCGUCCAUGCCAAAACCAAAAUUUUCUUGGAUAUAUCGCGCAAUUUUUACUGGUGCGAGAGCCGCCCCUUUGCGUCCAUACUGUUGGAUCGAAGUAUGGCGUUGGAUUAUCCAUUUAAAAACCACAUUAUCGUCCUGGUAUCUUCCCAUCCGGAUGAUCCCAUCAUGGAUCUGCGGGAUUUUGUCGUGCCGAUGCGCAGCAGCCGUAUCCCGCAUAACGAGCUAAAAGAGAUUGUUCUACUGGGCAAUCCGGUGUACUUGGAGAGGGAGUGGCCGCAACUCCGCAAUCUGCCACUGAUCACCGUUGUGGACGGAGAUCCGCUCAACCGGGCAGAUCUGCGAGCGGUCUCAGUAAAAACCGCCGCCAUGUGCGUGGUUCUAUCGGCAUGGACCGGCAAGUCUAUCGACCCCAUCUUAGACGAUAAGACCGCCGUGUUGACCACACUAAACCUGAAAGCCAUGCCCUUUGACCAUCCCGAUGGGAAGAUGGCCGGAAGUGAUUUCGAGCUGCCAAUCGUCACGGCUCUUCAACACGACCAUAACGUGCGGAUGUUAAGCGAAUGUGCUCCAUCGGAAACGGAAGUAACCGAAGCAUUCCUGAUGGAACCAUACAUGUGCGGACAAACCGUGACCAUUUCAGCAUUGGAUUCCCUUGUUUGCACGAGUUAUUUCACUCCUCUGGCCGUGGCCGUGGUGGAGCACCUAUUGUACGGAUUUCAAAGUCCUCUAAUGGAAAGUUACCUAGCGGAAGGCGUGGGAUUAAUGGGCGGAGACGAGUACUCACCCGAUAAACUGUCCGACUGCAACAUUCGCAUUCGGCUGAUUCCGGUGAAGGACGGCCCAUGGAUAGCAACGGGAUCCUUCACGGAAAGCGUAUGCAGCUAUACAUUGCUACUUUUUUAUUUAUUGAACUUCUGGAAAUUUAAUUGUGAUGGCUCCGUAAAUAUAUGUUGGUCCAUUAUUUUGCUACUACGUAAAUCUGACAUACGGAGUGUUGUUCAAUACGGCUCUCCAGUUUUCCAUGAUCUGCCUUGGGAUAUCCCGAAAACUGCAGGGAAGUGUCGAUAAAUCGACAGGAAAGCGGAUCGUUCUCACCAAUCCGCCCAAACGAUCCUUUCUACGUUGGGAUGAUCAUGUUUAUGUUUUGACAAAGUAAUCGCUCCCAAUAAUUGUUCUAGUUGACACCAUGUAUCCAGCACGCAUUAUGUGAACGCUAUUUUUGGUCUCAUUUCGUAAUAAUUGUACUUUUACUACUCCUACAUCUGUACAUGUAUAAGUUUUUACGUUUUGUACCUUUUGUACUGAUGUUUCUACCUAAGAGAGCCCACCAUAAACUGGCAUUUAUUGAAUAU